GCAGGGACUUCGAUCAAACAUGAAAUACGCAGUUUAACAUAUUUUUAAAGUAUAAAUAUAAAUAUAUGAAAAGUAAACAUAUAAAUACGCAGCUUAACAUAUAUUUAAAGUAUAAAUAUAAAUAAAUAUAAAGUAUAAAAAUAAAUACGCAGUUAAACAUAUUUUUAAAGUAUAAAUAUAUAUAAAGUAUGAAUAUAAAUACGCAGUUAAACAUAUUUUUAAAGUAUGAAUAUAAAUAUAUAUGAAGUAAAAAUAUAAAUACGCAGUUUAACAUAAUUUUAAAGCAUAAAUACAAAUAUAUAUAAAGUAAAAAUAUAAAUACGCAUUUUAUGUUUUAUGUUUAGGUUUAAAAGGAGUAAAAAAAAUCGAAUAAUUAUUCAGCAGCGCAUAAAACCAGUAUGCAGUCGUAGUUUUUCAGUUUGUUUUUAGUUAGGCGAAAUGAACGUAUAGAUCACGUUUAAACUAAUAAUUGUUGCCUGUCGCUUUAAGAAAAAGUGCAGAGUUCAUCGCUGCACGCACGUGGUAAUAUCAACAUGGCGGCGCCCUGUACAGUUUAGAGAGAGGUACUGGAAAAUAAAUAAGAGAAGGUAAGCUGCAUGAAAGAUACAACUUGGAGUUACAUUGAGCGACACUUUGCACAUUAGGAAACUUUAAAAUGUCAAAAUUUUCAACGAGAUAAUGACUUUCUUUUUAAGUGUGCCAAACCAGAUUAACACAAAGCUCUGCAAGUCAUUAAAAUGAUUUCAUCGUGGCAUAGGGGAGUUGCUCACAGUUGCUUUUUGAAAUAAAUAGUUAUCGAUUAAUGGGUUAAAGUGCAACAUCGAUCGCUCAGUGGGCUGGUUCAACUUACCCCAGAACUACUAUUAUCAUUAAACAGUUUAAACUAGGGCAGUUUUAUACAUGUGUGUGUUUUUUAUGUAAUAAUAACUGAUCAAUAAAUUUUAACACGAACAGAGACAUGGCAGAUGUGAGUGACAGCCCAGUGGUUGAUCCUCCUCCCUCAGUGGAGCAGAAGACUGACGACCACCCUCAGGACUCCAGCCCUGAUGAUGUUCAGUCUGCCCCUCAAGAAGCUGAAGGAGACCCAAGCAUGUACCGCUACAUCAAAACCGACCUCUUCACAUCUGAGAUCUACAAGGUGGAGAUCAGGAACCUGCCCAAGUUCAUCGGCUUCAACGAUCUGAAGAAGUUCCUGGCCAAACACAGCCUCAACCCUCACAAAAUCAAGCUGUUCGGUAAGCAGACCUUUGCCUUUGUCACCUUCAAGAAUGAGGAAGAGCGAGACAAGGCGAUGAAGAUGGUUCACGGCAUGCAGUGGAAGGGGCAGGUGCUGAGUGUCAGGCUGGCCAAACCCAAAGCAGACCCCAUCCUGAGGAAGAGGAAGCAGGAGGAAGGAGAAGGAGCAGGAGGGCAGCCACCAUCCAAACGUGGAGACGGGGACGAGCAAGAGGAGCCGCUCAGUGUUCAGUUAGCCAAUGUGGUGACUCCUCUGUGGAACGUGCCAUAUGAGGAGCAGCUGAAGAGGAAGGAGCAGGAGGUGGUGGGGGUCCUGCAGAGGCUGGCCAAGUGAGUUGAAGUCAAUUAUAUGACAAAUGCAUGCUGUUUCUAAAACCAUAUUUAUGGAUUCCCCUUACAGUCUACACUCAGAGUUUACUGUGAAUAACUGAAGGGUCACUAUACUACCAGACCUCCUCAGGCUUCUCAUGUAUUUAAAAUAACUACAUUAGACUUUUUGUCUCAUUUGAAGUGAUAGCAAGAGAAAUCCAGACAGCACACAUGCACAAGAACUGACCUAAAGGAAAAGUUGCUCCACAUCUUCACAGGAGUCUAUGCAAUAAUGCUCUAAGCUCUGGAUGUAACUUUUACCUUAAUUUUGUUAGGAUGUGAUAUAGUAUCACCAUAUCAUAUAUUGAAUAAUACUGUACAUUUUUUUUCCAGAGAGAUCGGCAGCACCAACAAAGCCAUGCUGCCAUGGCUGUUUGCUCAAAAAGGGAAAUACAACAAGAUGUGCUGUCCUCUGGAGGCUAUUCGACCAUCUCCUACUCAGGUAUAUUAACACACAUAAAUACAAACAGCUAGAUCUCUCACAGUGAGUUCUCAAAAUCCCUUUAAUAUCAUUUUUUCCCUUGUAUCAUGGCAGACAGAGUACAGGAACAAGUGCGAGUUCCUCAUUUCAGUGGGUGCAGACGGCGAGGAUAAGACCAUCGGUUUUCGUCUGGGGAAAUACAAAGGCGGCUCCUGUGCCGUGGUGGGGCCGGCUGAGACCAGCCAUGUCUCAGCUGAGGCCAAAAGAGUGGUCAGCGAGUUUCAGAAGUUCAUCAGGUAUUACUGCAUGAUCGUGCAAGUCCACGACAAGCCCUGGCUGAAGAAAACAAGACUGCUCAUGAUGUGAGAUUUUUCUGACAUAGUCUGAUGGCAUUAAAUUUUUGUUAUUGCAUUUUGGUCUCUGCAUACAGGACAACACCGUACUCUGUGUACAGUCCUGAAACAUACGAAGGACACUGGAAGCAGCUGACUGUGCGGACCACAAGGACCAAACAAGCUAUGGCUAUGGCUUUCUUUAACCCACAGGUGCAGAAAUAGUCUGUGAUACUUUUUGUCAUUGUGUUUCUUAAUCAGCCUUCAACACUAACACUAUUAUUUUUGACCAUUUUUCGUGUUUCAUGUCCUAGAAACUUGAAGAAGAAGAAAUCAACGCAUUAAAAUCCUCUAUGAAGAGCUACUUUACAGAAGGAGAGGGGAAGGACAGCGGAGUCACCUCUCUUUACUUUGUCAGAGAGGGUCAGAGGUAAAAGGAAAGCUUCUUCGCUGUGAAGAAAAGAUUAAAAAGUCUCUUAGGAUCGCACUUACCUUUUUGUUUUGGGCUUUUAGGACUUCUCCAAACCUAGAGGACCUGCCCUGUGAGCUGGUGUCAGGAGAGGGCAGCAUUCAUGAGGAUCUUCUGGGUCUGAAGUUCAGAAUAUCUCCUCAUUCCUUCUUCCAGGUAAUAAACAGAAACCUAUCUAAAUAUUCUUUCAGCCCAGUGUAACCAUCAGUGUUUGUAUAAUGUGUGUAACAUGUGGCUGUGUUACCUGGUAGGUGAACACUGGAGCUGCAGAGGUGCUGUACUCAGCAGUGGGGGAAUGGGCCCAGCUGGACCAGGACAGCACCGUACUGGAUGUAUGCUGUGGAACUGGGACGAUUGGGAUCUCUCUGGCCAAGGUGACGCCAGUAUCAGAUACUUAACUUACCUGUGACUGUGCUUCGAUUAUUUGGACUAAUGCUUCUAUUUUCUGUAUCUUAUUGGAGCUUUUUUCAUGUAUAACUGAUUUUGUCUGCAGAGAGUGAAGAAGGUGAUUGGGAUCGAGCUCUGUCAGGAGGCCGUAGAAGAUGCCAAAGUGAACGCAAAACUCAACGGUAAGGAGCAAGCUGACACCCAACCACAGGUCGAUUGUAAAAGUGGCUUUUAAAUGUGAUCAUCAAACUUAGUUCCAGCUGUGACACACUGAUAAAGUGAAAAAGUUCCCAGGAUACGUGAUCAGCUUGUUUUUUGUAUCUUAAGGUCUGACUAAUGUGGAGUUCCACUGUGGAAAAGCUGAAGAUGUGUUCCCAAACAUCCUCAACGCUCUCGUGUCACCGAACGUCACAGCCAUUGUGGAUCCACCAAGAGCAGGCCUACGUGAGUCAACAGCAGAAUCAUGAUCCUAUAAUUUUAUUAACUUAAAAAAAAACGUCUCAAAUUAAGAGUUUGUGUCCCAUCAAACAGAUUCCAAGGUGGUGCUCGCCAUCAGGAGAGCAGAGCAUCUGAAGAGGCUGGUUUAUGUGGCGUGCAACGCUAAAGCAGCCAUGAACAACUUCAUUGAGUGAGUCACAUGCUCCUAGUUUGCGCCCAGUUUAGAUGAGUUCUUUUGUAGGUAAAAGUUGUAAUUUUACUGCAAAAGAGACAAAACCUUCAAAAAAUAAAUCAUUUUUGAUCUUUUUUCUUUCAGUCUGUGCAGGGCGCCAUCCAACAGAGUUCACGGCGCCCCGUUCCGUCCGGUUCGAGCCAUGGCUGUGGAUUUGUUCCCUCAGACGAUGCACGUAGAGAUGCUUCUGCUGCUGGAGAGAGUGGAGUACAAUUCCCAACAGCAGCAGGCCAGCAGCGCUCAGGAAGAGAAAGGGUCAUAGCCUCCAGGAGUUCCUGUAUUAGAAAAGCAUGCACGCCUCACUGUUCUUUAACUCGCUUUUGAAGCAUCAACAUUUGCAGUUGCAUUAUUUUUCUGUCAUUUCUGUUUCUACAAGGCUGAGUAGUCUUAAAUUUAAAGGGCCAUUUCAACUAAAAUACAAACUUCCUGUUUAAGCCCAUUGUUUCGUAAGACAAUACUUAGAUUAAGUUUGAUAAACCUUUUUCUUUUGAAGGAAAUAACUGAAUGAAUGUCUCAUGAUUAAAGUUUGAGUUUGUCUUCCUGAAUUUUCAAACCCUGUUCACAGCUGUCAAAGGAAAUAAACAGCUUCGCCACAUACAAACCUA